AUGUCCGUCACCAACCCACCCAAGAUAUUAUUCUUCGACACCUUCGGCACAGUAGUCGAAUGGCGUACAUGCGUCACAAAGGAGCUGAGUACAGCCGCCUUGCAUGCCGCGCAACGCAAGGACCUCCCAGCUGAGCUGCGGGCGCGGAUCACCACCAUGACUUUCCAUGACUGGCUGGCCAUUGCCGAAGAGUGGCGUCGAUCAUAUGGCACCUUCACUACCACGACUACAUUCGACUCAUCAUCUGAGUUCGUAUCCGUGGACCAGCACCACUUCCGUGCGAUCACGGACCUCCUCCAGAAACACGGGCUGGGAGGCUUGUUCAGCGACGAGGAGCGGUGGGAACUUUCUUUCAGUUGGCACCGUCUUAGUCCGUGGCCGGAUAGUGUGAGGGGGCUGGAGAUGCUGAACGGACGAUUUGAGACGUCGACUUUAUCGAAUGGGAAUCACGAUCUGUUGCGGGAUUUGAAGAGCUAUGGUUCUUUGCCGUUCAGGCAUUUGACUAGCGCUGAGGAUUUCAGUGCGUAUAAGCCGUCGCCAUUGGUUUAUAAGGGUGCGGCGAGAAAACUUGGCUUUGAACCUGGUCAAUGUGCUAUGGUUGCUGCUCAUUUGAAGGACUUGAAGGGGGCCAAGGACUGCGGGUUCCAGACUAUCUUUGUUGAGCGUUACCUGGAAGAAGCUUGGUCUCCUGUUGACGUUGCCAAGGCCAAGGCAGAUGGAUGGGUUGAUAUGUGGAUUGACGUUGACUCGGGUGGUUUCGUGGAGGUUGCCAAACGAUUUGGUAUUGAAGGACAAUGA